GGUUGACCUGCAUCUAGUGCGAAGUCAGUUUCCAAUUGCCCUUGAGCGCUUCAGAUACGACGACUACUAUGACGUCGCCCGCUUCACCUCGUCUGCCCAGCCCACCGCCCAUUCCCGAGGACCAGCUGUCGCCCAUCUCGGCGUCGCCAGAGCAGCAGAAGCUCUUCAGCAAUCUUGACCAUGCUGCCGAGCGGAGGAUACGGCCGGGCACCAAGGCGGCCGACAUGGCAGAGGGCCCUCCGCUGGUAGAUCUCUCAGAGAUUGAUUCAGCUUUCCAGCUCACCGAGCACCUCAAGGCCCUACACAACUUCCUCACGCAUCCGAUAGGGGCUAAUGGCACCAUCCCGGUCGACCGAGACAUGGCCCUCAAGAUCGCGCAGGCGCCCGAGAAUGUGGACAGGACGCUGUGGCUCUACGAACUGUGUCGCUUCCUCAUACAAAAAGUAAACUCAAUUAUCACCGCCCUCUUCUCGGACAGCCCGCCGUGCUCGUCCAUGACGUGCCCAGAGAUGCGUGCCUCGGAAUGGCAGUAUCUAUGCGCAGUCCACGAUCCACCAAAGUCAUGUUGCGCCAUAGACUAUUGCUGCCACACGCUCGAUUGGGCCGCCAACACGCUCACAUCGCCCAAGCACUUUCCGUCACGGCUGGCACUGGGCACUGAUCAGUCCACACAGCACUCGCAGACGCGCCAAAUCACCAACAUCUUCCGCCGUGUAUACAGGAUAUUUGCACACGCAUGGUACUCACACCGGGACGUUUUCUGGCACGUCGAGGGCCGCACGGGGCUAUAUAUAUUCUACAAGACAGUGUGUGAUGUCUAUGGCUUGGUGCCAGAAGACAACUACACGAUCCCUCCAGAAGCGGAGGGCAUCGAUCUCAAUUCCGAAUCCAAGCCACCGGCUCCACUUCAAAUCCUGAAGCGAGAGGCUUCGGAAUCGGGGGCCCAAGGCUUGGACAGCACAUUGGCAGGGGCCAUGUCGGAGCAUUCACUUUCAACAGCAGGCACAACGAAGCGACAUAGGCACUCGCCAUCGGUAGGUGCGACGGUUGUGCAGACAGUGGUAGAAGAGAACGAAGACGAAGAAGACCACCCAGACUUGAACGCGCGCCCUGUGACACAAAUCUUUGAGCCACCAUCAGAGGGCGGAACUCAAGAGGGCGAUGGCGAUGGCGAUGAUGAUGACGACGACGACGAGGAUGAAGACGAGGACAGUGACGGAGAUGUUACUACAAUCGAAGAUCCCGACGAAGACGACAACAAGGGCGAUGCCAAGACUGCUGAGACGGCAGCACCAGAGAGCAAGGAAGCCAAUGGCGAAAAGCAAAGCACUGGCGAUGCCAAGGACGCAGAGCCUGUACCCAAAGACGAGGACAAAGCUACUGAUGGGAGCAGUGCAGAGACGGACAGUGCCAAGACUGAGGCAGCCGAGGGCUCAGAGGCGGUUGCUGACAAGACGUCUCCAGAAGAAGCCAAAGCCGCGGAAGAUGGGGGCAAAGCCGCAGCUCAGGCGGAGCCAGCAGGAGAAACGGAGAAUGCCGCAAAGGCGACGGAGAAGGAUGUUGAGGCCACUUCACAAGCGGCAGAAUAGGAGCUUGUCGAUUGUGUCGUCGAGGAGCGGGGCUAUUACCAUGUAUUAUUUUCUUUUUAGGCCAGGAAGUAGGGACUUGGCAAGGCCGAUGCGAGAGCCUCUUGUCGUAGUGUCC